GACCGGGUGGAGAGAAACCAUCUGCCAGUGGAGACCCAGUGAACUUGGCUAUGGGGAAGAAGCUGGUGAUGGCCCAGAAGCGCGGAGAGACGCGAGCCCUUUGCCUGGGGGUGACAAUGGUAGUGUGUGCUGCCAUCACCUACUAUAUCCUGGGUACCACGGUGCUGCCUCUCUACCAGAAAAGUGUGUGGACCCAAGAGUCUACCUGUCACCUGAUUGAAGCCAACGUCAAGGACCACGAGGAGCUGGAGGGCAAGAAGGUGCCCCGGUACCCAUGCCUUUGGGUCAACGUAUCAGUUGUGGGCCAGUGGGCCAUGUUGUAUCACACAGAGGACACUCAGGACCAAAACCAACAGUGCUCCUAUAUCCCUAGCAACCUGGACAACUACCAGAUGGCCCUGGCUGAUGUGGAGAAGGUCAGAGCCAAUUUCCACGAGCAUCAGGCUUUCUACUGCUUCUCUGCACCUCAAGUCGAGACCAGCGUUGUGUAUCGGCGCCUCUAUGGGCCCCAAACCCUGCUCUUCUCCUUCUUCUGGCCCACCUUCCUGCUAACUGGUGGCCUCCUCAUAAUCGCCAUGGUGAAACUCAACAGGUCCCUCUCCAUCUUGGCCGCUCAGAGGUAGACCAAUCCAGUCUGUGCCACAGUGCCAGAAGUCACCAGGGACAGCAGGGGUCAUGGGCAGGGCUGCUCAUCACUCUCUUCCUCUUGUCUCCUCUUUUGUUUGUUCGAUGUCUUUGGGAAGUCCAAAGCCAUUGGAGGACAAAGGGACAGCCAGUUACAAUUUCCCUCUCCCUGUCCUCAAUUAGUUCAUGUCUGUUACCUGCUAGGCCACUAUUCACUCCCCAGAUGGUGAAUAGUGUCGCUUCUGUUCCUAAGUUCUCUCUUAGUUCAAAUGCCUGCCUAUCACACCCUGAAUGUUGUCCUUGGCCAAAUCUUCUUUAAGUUCUCACCAAAACAAGACCUCUAAUUUAUAGGGCAACUCAAUGUACUGCUUUUUGUCAAGGACAUUAAGCCACACACAAAUUAUCCUAAAA